AUGACGAGGUCCAACGCAUUACAGACAUUUCUUCAACCAUUAAAGGUCGAUAGUGAUACCCUGUAUCGUUUGUCUUAUCGUUUUUCAGAGACUUAUCGUGAUUUAGCCGCGGGGUCUUUUGAUCAGUUUUUCUCCACUGCUACCACAUGUCUGCCUACCGGUAGCGAAAAAGGUCGUUAUUUGGCCGUCUACCUUGGAUUGCAUUAUCUCCGAGUGGCCUUUAUUGAUCUGCUUGGCGAAGAGCAAGUAGGGAGACGCUCUCAUGUCCGUCGAACAUUGGAGAAGGCAUGGCCGAUCGAGGAUCGCCUACGACAAGACCAAGCAAACUCACUCUUUGCCUGGAUUGGAGACUGCAUUGCAGAGGUCAUACAUGAUGAUCUAGAAAAUUGCAAGGACGUUCCAUCGGAGAUCGCGAUGGGAAUAUCGUUCUGCUUCCCAAUCAAGCAGGAAUCUGUUAAUGAGGCCAUUCUUAUGCCAACAGGCAAAGGGUUUGCCCUGGGCUCUUCUAUCAACCUUCGUCAAGCCCUCCUAGAUGGUUAUGAAUGCCAUACUCGGCGCGCAGACGAGGAUCCAGCCGAUGUGCCUAUCAAGCGACAAAAGAAAUACUGUCUGCCAAAUUUGAAAAUUGCUGUCAUGACAAAUGAUACUAUAUCUACGCUAGCUUCUCUGGCAUACUCGAUUCGCGCUCUACCAAACGCCCGGGUCGUCAUGGGUCUCAUCGUCGGUGCAGGCUGCAAUGCGGCUGUGCCGAUGAAAUUGGCCGAUCUUCAUGAAAGCAAAAUUGGCCACAUCAAAGAAAAAGAGCCAGAUGCUAAGGAAUCGGUUGUUUGUACGGAGUGGACGCUGCGGGGUGCUGCUGCACCACUGCAAGAACUUGGUAUUAGAAGUGAAUGGGAUAUCAAGCUGGAAGCACACUCUGCGAGGCCUGGAUUUCAGCCACUGGAGUAUAUGGUUGGAGGUCGGUACAUUGGCGAGUUGGUCCGGAUAAUAUGUAAUGAUUGGUUCCACAGAGCCAAAGGAAUACCACAGUCUUCGCUCCCCGUGAAAUUGGUCGAGGAAUACACAUUGACAACAGAUUUUAUUUCCCUCGUCGUGGCCUCAAGUCAUUCAGACGAACAACUUGCAAAAGACCUAUCGGAAAAGCUCCCCGCUCCGAGCUCCAGUGAUUGGAAAUGGACUCCCAAAUAUGCUGGUUAUAUUCGCUUGAUUGCAGCGGCCGUACAGGACCGAUCUGCUGCACUGGUUGCUGCUGCAACUGUCGGGCUUCUUGCGUGCACGCGGGAGAUCCAGCUUCAGGUUAGAGACAAUCUAGGUUCUCCAGUAAGCGAGUUGAACCUGGAUAAUAAGAUUCAUGAGCGGAUGCCAUCAACCCCGAGCUGGAAGAAUGGGCCAGAAGAAUUGGUUGUCGCGGUCUCCGGUGGUGUUAUUCAGCAUUAUCCGCACUACAAGGAGACUAUUCAACGAUAUAUCGACAGACUCAUUAUCAACGCUGGGCCUCAAGGGGAUGGAAAGAGUGUCUUCCUUCGUGAGGCCAGUGAUGGUGGGAUUAUUGGCGUGGGUGUCCUUGCAGGAACUGUGGCCGCAAAUAUUGAAGGUAUUAUUGGAUCUACCAUGAAGUAUAAUGUUGAAGCAUCGGGUAAAGUCAAGGGAACUCCGCGAUCAACCGAAGGUCUAAUCUAA